AUGAUAUUAUCUGUUACUCUUUCAAAGUUCCCGACGGUUCUACUACUAGAUCUCAUAUACGAGGAUAUGAAGGCAUUGAGGAGAUCAUUCCAGGCGAAAUCGUUGAAUGUGAUGGUCAUCGGACGAGACCAAAUACAAUACGAAGUGAUGAAGGUGAAGCGAGAUUUAACUGCUUAUAGGCGCCUGAUGAAUCGAUUCGAUACGGCCAGCGUCCAGUUGCAGAUAGGAGUUUUGGCGAGUUAUAUAAUUUCUUAUCCGAGUGUUGUGACGCUUUUAUACUUUGGAUUUCGUAUCUUCUCAGUCAGUGAGGACACACUCAAAAUGUAUGAAGUGACAAUAAAUUUGGCGUUCCUACUGUUUUCUCUCUUCACAAUCCCUUUACAAACAGAUCUAAUUGUGAUGGAAUAUGAAAAAAUUUUGGAUAUUUCGGAAACUCAAAUAGCGACUUGCUUCGAUGAAACGUUGGCCAGGGAGAAACAACGAGUCCGCAAUUACAUGAAACUGCGGCCCUUCCAAUUCUACGUGUUUCGAGCCUGGGAGGUCAAUUUAGUUAUGCCCCUAAAAUUUAUCGCAUUCUGCGUCAGUCACCUCUUGGUGAUAAUACAAAUAAAACACAAGAAAGCUUAA